AUGACACGUAGCGUCUGCCAGUCUCAUACAGGAAGUGAGUCGUCAUCCAACAGCAGAAAGGAGAUGCUUCCCAAACCCAUCACCAUUGUAACGAGCGAGUCGUCGUCUACCUGCUUCGUGCGGCCGGAGGAGUUUAGCUUCGGAUCCAGCCAUGCUCUCAUCACUCAGACACCUGCUCAGAUCCACAGCAGGCCGGGACAGCACCAGCUCUCACAAAUGACGGCUGUAUUGAAUCCGCCGGCGCCCCCGCCUCCACCUCCUGCUCCACCUACUCCUCCUGUGGGUCCUCCGGCCUCAUCUCCUCUGUCCCCCCUCUCCCCCACCAUUUCGCUCCUGGAAGAGGGAGACCUGCACAGUGUGGACCCUUGCAAAGACCUGUGGGGUUCUCGAGGUUAUGAGGACUACCGACGGGCGGGGGCCACUAGGACUAUGGUCGGGGGGCUGACCGGGGGUGUGGUUGUCGGUGGCGGGGGGAGCCUGCAGGACAAGUCCGAGCUGUGCGUGGUUCGCUUUGAGAAGGAGCUGGCAGGAGUGGGCACGGCCGGCUGCGAAGUGACGGUGAGCCUGGACAGUAAAGCCUCGCAGCGGCUGUCCACGUCGUCGCCCACCUGUGUGUCCACACCCAACGCUGUGUCGGGCGUGUCCUCGUCUGCCGGCUCGCCCCAGGAGACGUGCAAAGGCUCGCCCUCUCCCUGCUGCAUCCACACCUCAUUGGCCACGCCCCGGUCGCGGACUUGUAAGAGAGGAGGAGGAGGAGGGGCCAGUAGCGGCGGCGACCCGGGGGCGAUCUCCCCCGACGACGACAGCCCAUGUCCUCAGGCUUCGUCGUCGUGCUCGUCCCGCUGCGUGUACUGCCGCUCUGUGUUCAGCGCUUCGGAGAACGGGCGGGGCCGCUGCAGAGACGCCCCGGACCCGGCCCUGCACUGCCUGCGCCAGUGGACCUGCGUGUGGUGCGCGGAGAGUCUGCUCUACCACUGCAUGUCAGACUCUGAGGGAGAGUUCUGGGAGCCGUGCUCGUGUGAAGACUCGCUGGGGGGCCACCCGCACCCCCUUUGCUGUGCCCGCUGGUUGGCCCUCCUGGCCCUGUCGCUCUUCGUGCCCUGCAUGUGCUGCUACGUGCCUUUGUGCGCCUGCCUGCGGUGUGGGGAGAGGUGUGGCUGCUGUGGGGGAAAGCACAAGGCGGUCCGAUGA